GUUUAACUUCGAGCCUGCGGGCAUGGCAGCAACCGACACGCCGCAGACCUGGCUUCUUGAAGAAUCGCGCGCGCAAAUGGACACGACGAGAUACGGCCGCAGCAGCGACACCACUGAGCCGACGGCGGGGGGCGACGAGCCGGGGGCAUACCCGCUCAUGCCGCUCCGCGAUGGAGCGUACAGCACCCCAUACGACGAGGGAGACAGGAAGGUCGAAGAGGGCGUGAACACCGCGACCUCGACGUCAGUCAAGGCGCACCGACACCACAAGGCCGUGCGCCGCCUGCCUCUGCUGCGUCAGGCCAACCCCGGCGAUGACGAGCCGUGGCUCAAGAAAGAGGACCGGGCUAUCUCUUGGCUAUCUUUGUUCUAUGACCUCGUGGUGGUUACCGUGCUCGGCACGUUCUCCAACACGCACAACGUCCGUACGCCCGACUCAAUCCCCAUCUUCUUCUCCUUCUUCAUCAUCGUUGUCUGUAUCUGGGUGUCCCAAAUCCACUACGACGUGCGCUAUGAGGCCGAGGACGCGUUCCACCGCAUCUUCAAGGCGCUCCAGAUCAUCGUGUUCAUGUUCAUCGGCGCGUCGGGAGGCGGGUGGAACCCAGGGCGUAUCGUCAAGAUCAAGGACGUGGCUGGCGAUGACAGCGCAGCCCAGCGCCAGCUGAACCACGACAAGGCGGCUAUGUCCUUCCUCACUAUUACCCUCGCGUUUGCGGCCACCCGUGCGCUCCUCGCCGUCCAGUACCUUGUCGUUGUCGUCUCCGGAAGACGGAUCAAGCGACGCACCUCGGCCCCGAAGGCAGCGGUCUUCGGCUUGGCGCUGUCUUGCGCCUUUGCCGUUGUCGCUGCCGCUCUGUCCGCAUCCUCGCGCCGCAGGGCCCACAUCAAGGUCAUCCUCUUCUACAUCGGUGUCGGUAUCGACACCCUCACCGCCCUAUGGCAAUACAGUGACUCGGGGCCUGUUCCUGCCGUCGAGAUCGCGGAGCGUUAUGGCGCCUUUAGCCUGAUCAUCAUCGGUGAAGGCUUCGUCGCCCUCAGCGGAAUCUUCAACAAGGCCAUUGACGGGAUCGCAGUGAAAGGCAGCGGUAUUUACCUCCAGGUCUUCCUCGUCAUCGUCGUCAUCAUCAACCUCUGGAGCUUCCUGUUCUCCAACUUCAACGCCGGGGACCGGAUCAACAAAAAGAGGACAUUUGCAUGGGAGAUCCUCCACUUCCCGCUCCACCUGUCCAUGAUGCUCCUCAUCGCGGCCAUGGUCAACGCCGUUGCCAUCGACUCGUUGCAGAGCGGCAUCUCCCAAGUGCUCAGCUAUCUCGAGGAGAUGCAGAAGUGGUUCCUGGAGAACCAGCCUCCUGCCGCGGACGAGAUGCGCAAGAUAACUCUGUUCUUCAAUCGUCUCAAUCCUCAAUUCCUCACCCUCAAGGACGUGAUUCAGGAUGCUAUGAGCACCAAGCCGCCCACCCUGUUUGCUCCCACCAUGUUCUACCAGCUGAUGGGAACCUUCCUCCAGCAAGUUUCGGUCAAAAGCGGCGUGGAUCUGACGGACGCCGCUUCAACACUCUUGGAUGCUCUCAACGCCCUACCGAUUGCCUUCAAUGACACUGUCGUUGAGCUCGGCUCCUCUGGCUCCAAUAUAACCGUCGGGAGUGACAUCCUUGGAAACCUUACCGACACCGCGGGCAACCAGACGUUUGGCGAGAGCCCUCCAUUUACGGCCAACGAGGACACUCUACUCCAGGCCAUUGUCCUCUUGAUCGCACUCACGAUGCGCAUUUCCACAGACGUGUUCAGCGGGAUUCUGUGGCUCUACCCAGUGGCGGGCGCGACGCUGAUCCUCUGCGCCCUUCGUUCGAUGAUGCGCUACCACUUCCGUGGUCAAGCGCACUACGUGAUCCACGGAGCCCAGAUCGGCGUCGGAAUUGCGCUUGGACUCCUCGGCCUUCUCAACAUCGGCAGCGGCGAAUUCUUCAUCGAGACCCACGACACACACUUGAUUGGGGCGAAUCCGAAUAGCAAACCCAUCUACCAGGUGGUUGCGAUGGGUUGGGCGAUUGCGAUUGUCGCAAUCGCGUACACCGCGGUAACGAUAGGCACCCAGCUCUACCUCGUCGUGCUGCACCGUGUGGAUGGCGGCGUCUUUGAGGAACACGAGGGAGAGAACGCCGAGACGUGGCGCGAGUGGUGGCAUAGACUUCGUGGUAAGAACUAAUAAAUGGAAUGGCUGACUGCAUGGGUUCUGCA